AUGGCUUCCAUGCUUUCGAGCGAUCGAAUCUUGAUGCUUUGCAUGGUUUUGCCUUCAUUCAGCUUCAAGGGAGCUUUGUCACACUCGAUUGGAUUUGGACACAGCUACGCACAAACUUGUCCCGAUGCUGAGCGGAUCAUCCGCGACACGAUCUGCGAUUACGCCAAUCGCGAUCCAACAGUCCCGGCGGGACUGAUACGCUUGCACUUUCACGACUGCUUCGUUAACGUACACUCCGGUAUAGAUAAGUUAUACAAUGUUCUUGGAUUUGUGCGACGCCUCUAUCCUUCUCGACUCAACUCCAACAGAUAUCCUCCAAACAACAAUUCAGCGCAGGGAUUCGAAGUUAUUGACGAUGCAAAGAGAAGAUUGGAGAAAGCCUGUCCUGGAGUGGUGUCGUGUGCAAUUGCCAUCGCCGCCAGGGAUUCGACAGUCAAGCUUUGA